UUCCUCAUAAACCUUGGAUGUGGGAGGAUUGCAUUCAGUCUAGUUCCUGGUUGCCGGCUGAAAUAACCUGCUCUCCAAAAUGUCCACAAAGGUGACUUAAGUCAGGUUCCCCCAAACCAGACACCAAGACAAGAAUCCAUGUGUGUGUGACUGAAGGAAGUGCUGGGAGAGCCCCAGCUGCAGCCUGGAUGUGAACUGCAACUCCAAAGUGUGUCCAGAGUCAAGGCAAGGGCACUAGGCUUUCCAGACCUCCUACUAAGUCAUUGAUCCAGCACUGCCCUGCCAGGACAUAAAUCCUUGGCACCUCUUGCUCUCUGCAAAGGAGGGCAAAGCAGCUUCAGGAGCCCUUGGGAGUCCUCCAAAGAGAGUCUAGGGUACAGGUCCAAAAGUAGAAGAACACAGAAGGCAGGCCAGGGGCACUGUGAGAUGGUAAAAGAGAUCUGAAGGGAUCCAGAAUUCAAGCCAGGAAGAAGCAGCAAUCUGUCUUCUGGAUUAAAACUGAAGAUCAACCUACUUUCAACUUACUAAGAAAGGUAUUAAGUGCCUUUCUGAGAGCUCUCAGUGGGCUUCCUAAGCACGUUCACUCUGCCUCCUUUAAGUCUUACAUUUAUGAUCAAGAUGAAAGGGAGGGAUAUAUCACUGCACAGAGAUUCUACAAGUGGAUAUAUAAAGCUAAUAAUGUUUUCAGUGAGCUCUUCUCUGGCAACUACUUUCCAAGUGCUUUCAGCAUUCCACCUUGAAGCACAACGUUAAUAAUGCACAAUUUCUUAUGUUCAGCCACAGAAUGUUCACGUGUAAUUUGGUUACAACAUAUUGCUCUAUCCAGGCCUCUAACAAAACUGACUUCUUUCAAAUGGACUUGCAGUUGCUAAAUUCCAAAUCAACACUUUAUCUUAAAAAAGGAAAAGGAGGGGAAGGGUGGAGGGAGGGGAACAGAGAGGGUACAAGAGGCAAAAAAAGAAAAAGAGGAAAACAAAUGCUUGUAAACAAGUUAAACCAAAUAAAAGAGAUAUAAAGUAAUUUCUUAAAAGAAGGAAUGAUAUUCUAAGCAAGAAUCAAAUGUCCAGGGGAUCAUGGACAUUGAAGCAUAUCUUGAAAGAAUUGGCUAUAAGAAGUCUAGGAACAAAUUGGACUUGGAAACAUUAACUGACAUUCUUCAACACCAGAUCCGAGCUGUUCCCUUUGAGAACCUUAACAUCCAUUGUGGGGAAGCCAUGGACUUAGGCUUAGAGGCCAUUUUUGAUCAAGUUGUGAGAAGAAAUCGGGGUGGAUGGUGUCUCCAGGUCAAUCAUCUUCUGUACUGGGCUCUGACCACUAUUGGUUUUCAGACCACGAUGCUGGGAGGGUAUGUUUACAGCACUCCAGCCAAAAAAUACAGCACUGGCAUGAUUCACCUUCUCCUGCAGGUGACCAUUGAUGGCAGGAACUACAUUGUCGAUGCUGGGUUUGGACGCUCAUACCAGAUGUGGCAGCCUCUGGAGUUAAUUUCUGGGAAGGAUCAGCCUCAGGUUCCUUGUGUCUUCUGUUUGACGGAAGAGAAUGGAUUCUGGUAUCUAGACCAAAUCAGAAGGGAACAGUACAUUCCAAAUGAAGAAUUUCUUCAUUCUGAUCUCCUAGAAGACAGCAAAUACCGAAAAAUCUACUCCUUUACUCUUGAGCCUCGAACAAUUGAAGAUUUUGAGUCUAUGAAUACAUACCUGCAGACAUCUCCAGCAUCUGUGUUUACUAGUAAAUCAUUUUGUUCCUUGCAGACCCCAGAUGGGGUUCACUGUUUGGUGGGCUUCACCCUCACCCAUAGGAGAUUCAAUUAUAAGGACAAUACAGAUCUAAUAGAGUUCAAGACUCUGAGUGAGGAAGAAAUAGAAAAAGUGCUGAAAAAUAUAUUUAAUAUUUCCUUGGAGAGAAAGCUUGUGCCCAAACAUGGUGAUAGAUUUUUUACUAUUUAGAAUAAGGAGUAAAACAAUCUUGUCUAUUUGUCACCCAGCUCACCAGUUAUCAACUGACGACCUAUCAUGUAUCUUCUGUACCCUUACCUUAUUUUGAAGAAAAUCCUAGACAUCAAAUCAUUUCACCUAUAAAAAUGUCAUCAUAUAUAAUUAAACAGCUUUUUAAAGAAACAUAACCACAAACCUUUUCAAAUAAUAAUAAUAAAUGUAUUUUAAAGAUGGCCUGUGGUUAUCUUGGAAAUUGGUGAUUUAUGCUAGAAAGCUUUUAAUGUUGGUUUAUUGUUGAAUUCCUAGAAAAGUUUUAUUGGUAGAUGAGUAAAUAAAAUAUUGUAAAAAAACUUAUUGUCUAUAAAGUAUAUUAAAACAUUGUUGGCUAAUAUAAUUUGAAAAAAGUGGUUUUUUGGAAGACUUAGGAUAUUAUGGUGCUACAUAAUUUUUCCUCGAUGCUCUCUUCCUCUGAUCUUUCUUGUCUCUUAAAUUACUUUACUUCCUUGCACACUUUGCCAUACAAGAAUGAACAUGAGCUUUUCUUGUGUAGAUCUGAGUUGAAAUCCUGUGGACACUGGGCAAAUUACUUUUUAGAUCUGUAGCUCUGACUCCUCAGGCGUAAAACGGGAAUAAUGCUUUUACAGUUUAGUGGCAGAACUAAACUCCCAAAAUUAUUUGUUAUAUGGAUCAAGUAAUAAUGUCAGUAAUGUUUUUGGUACAAAGUCAUUAUUUAAUAAAAGUUAUUGUUCUAUCUUGCUUGCCCCCCCCA